UAUCAUAUUACAACUAUCUUAGUACAGAACGGUCGUCAGUAAAAUAUUUCAAUUUAAAUAAUACCGUAACUAGAAGUUUUCAGUAUGAAUUGGCAUCAAUGUUUUUUUGUUUUCUUCUUUGGAAUUUUGAUAAUUAAUGUAUCGGAAUUUUCCUGUACUGAUCCACCUCAAGGAGCUAUCCCUGUACCAUUUAAAUUCGGCUACAAUGCCAACGAGAAAUUAAAUGUGUUAAUAACUUUAAAAAAUAUUCCAUCUAGCAUUACCUAUAUUAAUAUGAGGACUAAAAUGUUUAAUCUUCAGGAAUUGAGUCAUGAAACAGUUCCGGCAGACCAUGUGUUGACAGUCACUAAAACUUUGGCUUUGAAGAGAUCAAAAAUGUCUAUUCAAGCAGAAAUAUACGACCCCACUGGAUUGUGUGAAAAGAAAAUAAUCGUUGAAGGCAAAGAAGUUAAUUCAAGUCAGGGCAACCCAGACUAUUCAUAUAACAACAUUUGUUUACAACAACAAAGCUGUUCGAUUGAAGUGGAUCUAUCAAAAGCAUGCUCAGGUGAACAAAGUCUUUAAGGAGAAUUGAAAGGACUUUCUCCAAUCUUCAAGGACCAUGCUAUCAUAUGUGAUUGGCAUCCCUGCUUGCAGUAACGACUACCACAUUUAUAGAUGAACUACAUAUUUUAAAGUCUUCGGUUUCCAAAUAAAUAAAAGGCUUAUAAUAA